GGGAGAGAGAGAGAGAGAGGGAGGGAGAGAGGGAGAGAGAGGGAGAGAGGGAGGGAGGGAGGGGUGAUGUCAUCGUUUUCAGUCUGUGCCAUGAAAGAGGCAGAUGGCUGCAGCCCUCCACCUUUUCCCUUGCUCCCGCUUCCAUCUCCAUCCCCGGCGUCGGCCUCAGCAUCCGGACGCUCCGAGGGCGCACAGUGACCGACCGCAGUAGCCGAGUCCAGCCGGGGGGGGGGCGGCUGCAGGAGGCCGGGGGGAGCCGAGCGCGCGGACCGCUCCGACAGAGACGCGACAUGGCCCGACACACCGGAGCGAGCACGGGGCCCCGUUCAGCCUUCCCCUCCGUCCGCGUCCUGCGUUAUGAGCGCCCGGCUGUGUAGAGGAGCGGGUCCUGCCCAGAGAGGAGGAGGAGGAGGAGGAGGAGGAGGACGGAGGACACGCAGAAGGGUGUCGACGGAGGGAGGCAGGGAGGACAUAUAAUAACACGCUGAGAGAGCACGCUUCCAAUAAUGGCGGCUAAGUCGGACGGGGUCCUGAAGAUGAAGAGCAGCGACGUGGCCUUCACCCCCCUGCAGAACUCCGAGCACUCGGGCUCGGCGCAGGGGCUCCACCCGGGCGGCCAGCCCGACUCUGCGGGCGCCGGGGACGCGGACUACGCCAACGGGGAGUCGCGGUGCUGCGGCGGCGGCGGCGGCGGCGGCGCCGGCGCGACGUGCCUGCGCCUGGGCAGGGAGCAGCGGCGGUACACGGUGUGGGACUGCCUGUGGAUCGUGGCCGCAGUGAGCGUGUAUCUCGCCGACGUGGGCACCGACGUGUGGCUGUCGGUCGACUACUACCUCCGCCGCGACUACUGGUGGUUCGGCCUGACGCUCUUCUUCGUGGUGCUGGGCUCCUUCUCCGUGCAGCUCUUCAGCUUCCGGUGGUUCGUCCACGACUUCGGCGCCGACGACGCCGCCGCCUCCGCCGACGGGCAGCCCGCGGACGGCAACCGGCUGCUGAGCGGCUCGGCCUCGCACGGCGACGUCGCCGGCCCGCCGCAGCACCACCCGGCCACGCCGCAGAGGCAGGCGUCGACCGCCAGCCGGAACACGGCGACCAACAGCACCGCGAGCACUGCGCCGGGCGGCCGGAGCCGGAAGCGCUCGGCCUACUACUCCUUCUGCGUCUGGUUCGGCCAGUCCGUCAUCCACAUCCUCCAGCUGGGCCAGAUAUGGAGGUAUCUUCACACCAUCUAUCUGGGAGUUCGGAGUCGUGGGAGUGCUGAGACGGAUCGCUGGCGUUACUACUGGAGGAUGGUCUACGAGUUUGCAGACGUGAGCAUGCUGCAUCUACUGGCCACCUUCCUGGAGAGUGCUCCACAACUGGUGCUGCAGCUGUGCAUCAUCAUACAGACACACAAGCUCCAGGCUGUGCAAGGUAUAACAGCAGCAGCCUCCCUCGUCUCUCUGGCUUGGGCCCUGGCCUCCUAUCAGAAGGCCCUGCGAGAGUCUCGGGAUGACAAGAAGCCAAUCAGCUACCUGGCCGUCAUCAUCCAGUUCUGCUGGCACUUCUUCACCAUCGCAGCCAGGGUCAUCACCUUCGCCCUGUUUGCCUCAGUGUUUCAACUCUACUUUGGCAUCUUCAUCGUCCUGCACUGGUGCAUCAUGACCUUCUGGAUUGUCCACUGUGAGACAGACUUCUGCAUCAGCAAGUGGGAGGAGAUAGUGUUUGACAUGGUGGUGGGCAUAGUCUAUAUCUUCUCCUGGUUUAACGUCAAAGAGGGAAGGACAAGGUGUCGGCUUUUCAUCUAUUACCUGGUGAUCUUGGUGGAGAAUGCUGCUCUUAGCGCGCUGUGGUAUCUCUACCGGUCGCCUCACACCACUGACGCCUUUGCAGUGCCUGCACUCUGCGUCAUCUUCAGCAGUUUCCUCACUGGAGUGGUUUUCAUGCUCAUGUACUAUGCCUUUUUCCAUCCCAAUGGGCCACGCUUUGGACGCUCACCGAGCGGCCAAGGCCUCGACCUGGACCCCACUGCGCAGUUCUCCACACUACCAUCGGAAGGUGCCACCAACUCAUUGCGCUCCAACAGAGGCGCCACCACAACUCUGGAGCGGGACAUGGGGAAGUACUCUGAGCGGGAUGGCUGCAUGCCAGUGUUUCAGGUCCGGCCCACAGUGCCAUCCACCCCAUCGUCUCGUGCUCCACGCCUCGAAGAGACCGUCAUCAAGAUCGACCUUUGUAGGAAUCACUAUCCAGCCUGGGAGCGUCAUGUCCUUGACCGCAGUAUACGAAAGGCAAUCCUGGCCAUAGACUGCUCCCUGACUCCUCCACGGCUGCAGUACAAAGAUGAUGCUUUGGUACAGGAGAGGUUGGAAUAUGAGACCACUUUAUAGCUGCAUCCUGCUAUCAGAACCCAUACAGGGAUGCAACCUCAGAUAUCACAUAAACAGCAGCAGGAACUGUGGCAAUAAAAAAAAUUGUUACUACCAAUAAUGUCACUUUUCAUCUCUGAUUCCCCCAUUUUUCCCCAUCCUUUGGAGCAUUUGACUCGUCUGGUAAUGAUUGGAGAAGCGAUUUGGCACUAGAUCUGUUGAUGCCGCUGGAUGUACUUGGGUUCUUUUUCGGGUUGCUGCUGUUUUUUUACUUCGACUCAUCAGGGAAAUCCUGUGUGGCACAAACUAACAAGUGCUUUGGCACAAGAGGCCAAUGCACUGUUUGGGUGAGUUUGGAAAAGUUAGGGAUAAAAUAAAUAUGUAUAAUAUGUUAGUGUCCAUCCAGAUGAGUUUGAAGUCAACAGAUAUUCCUCUUCACCCCAAAUUACACCUGGAUUACAGAGAAACGUCUCUAAUGCAAUGAGGAAAGGAAAUAUUCCUGUAUUCAUCACAAGUAGAAAACUGUCAAAUCUGUCUUAACAUGUUGGUGUCUUUCUGUUUGGAAGUUCUGAUUGUGUGCCCCCAUUGCAGCUACAUCUGCAUAGGUACUUCCAUCAAUAUCAACAAUCGCUACUCCUGUCUUCGUGCCAAAAAGAUUCCUUGGAAAAAUCCUAAAAAUCCUUUUAGUUUCUGAGGAUGUGGAACACCUCAGAGAUGGCUGGGUAAUCCAAAACGUCCCCCUCUGGCCUUGACAUUUCAUUCCUCUUGGAUAGAUCUGGUCUGCAUUUGAAGCAGGUCAGACAGAAAAUGAACUAAAUGAAGACUGGUCGCAGUAGCAUCUAUACUCAGUCAUUGUGUCCUAUAUGUAUGAAAACCACCAGAACUGGUUGGACAGAAGGACACGGAGUGACAAAGAAGAGGUGAAAGCUUAACAGACAUAAACUCACGGUUUUCCUCCCGUACGGAUAAAAGUCAAACUCCCACAAUGCCAAGAAAAUGAAAUCUUCCUGGCAGCUCAAUUCAGCUAUUUGAAGUGGAGCCACAUGGACCUGGCUACAUAAUGAAACUGAUAUUUGUUCAUCUGUGGAGGGCAGAGCAGAAGAAACUAGCAAGGCGCCAGGCCACAAUGAAAAGGAGAUUACAAGAGGGGAUUAAGUGGAAAUGAGUCGAGGAUGAAGGAGAAGAGAGAGAACACAGACAAGCAGCCAUCUCAGCCAAACUAAAUCAACUACCAGGAUGUGCAGUACUCUGAUAAAACAUGCAGCAUUUUUUUACUAUAGAGAUGAUAGAGGGUCAAUUGGAUUCUGUGUUUGUGUGUGUGUGUGUGUGUCUGCGAGUGUGUGUGUCUCUGCGUGUGUGUUUGUGUCUGCGUGUGUUCAAAGAGUGGUUGGAGGCCUGAAUCAGCUGUGCUCUCAUCGAUCAGUGACGGUGCACCUUGACACAUGGACUCGAAGUCUGCUUGUUCUUUGAUAAACACAUCUGGGUGAGAUGUUUCUGUAUUUGUCCCGUUGACUCAGCUUUUACCAAUGUCACACAAAGCCACACAACACAAGAUAGCAUGGUGCUGGUCCACUCACUUGAAUGACAAAUGCUAGUAAAGUGGUUUUUGGUAAAGUGCCACCAUGAAAGCCUGAUUCAGGACUGUCAUGCCCAUAGACUGUAUAUAAAGAUGGAUGACGAUAAAAGCCCCCUAAAGUGAAGCCAAAUCAUCUGGAUCACGCCCUGGUGGCUGCAGUAUAGGUCCUAAACACCGCCUCAUCCAUAUUAGUAGAUGGGACAUGGACCAAACUCAAAAGUCAAAAUACCCAUUCAAUAAUUUCUUCUGAAAGAUGGGACGUUCUUAUCCAAAUGGUGUAUGUUCAAGUGUUAAUGUUAGAGGGGCAGUAGGUGAUUCUAAAACAAUACAAGUCUUGAGACUCAAUUGGUCAAGCAUGUGUAUCGGCGUGACCUAGAUACCGUGGAUCCACACCAAGAUCCCUACUGCGCAGACUCUGGCUCCAAGUGACGUCAAAGGCGCAAGAUAGCGGCUACCAUGCCCGAGAUAUUUUAGCUUCAUCUUUGUACAACGGAAGGAAGCAGGGGUGGGCCGUGGUCAACACCUUCAACACCAUCUGUCCAACUUGUCCUGAUCAGUUGUCACACUCAAAUCAUCUUAAUCAUUGGCUAAACAUCUAUAUCUAAGAAAACUGAGCGUCAUCCAGAGUUCAUUUUUUCAUGAUUCUUCUUCGAAAUGCUUACAAAGUUUAUGAACACUUUAGUGACUGAAACGUCCCAACGUGGUGUGGAUGUCCUGAUCACAGCAAGACAUGUGAAGCUUGAGGAUGACACGCAGACUUAAAGGUCUGAACCCCUGAUAGUGUCAGGGCAUGAGGUGUUUGAGGCCUCACCGCUAAGAUUUAUCCUGUUGAGACAUUCAGCAAAUCUCAUUACGAUCUAGAAAUUCGUUUUCGAGAUACAGUUUCAUGGUAAAGAAUGUCAGGUGUUGAGAUACUGUGCACAAUCACUGAGACUACCAGUCAAAUUGUCACGGUGCCCCUUCAGCACACUGUGCAUCUGUGAAGGGCAAACCAUCAAACAUCCCAGCGGAUCUGAAUCAGAAUGCAAAGAGACUGCGGCCAAAAUGGAGAACUGCACCAUCUACACCGCACCGCAUUCCCUACAUUCCCAAACUGAACUGCUCGAUUUCAGGGAAUGCUGGGAAGCCAGGGGCAAUGGCAUCAUCACACAGAUGAGCUGUCAGUUGAAACCUACCAUUUACUGUAUGACUGUAUCAUCGAUGCAGUGCCAUUCAGAUGGUAAUGGUGUGUCUUUUACAAUUUAAAAUGUCUGCACAAAUGAAAGUACCAGGUUGUCUUUUGUGUGUUAUGUCACAAGCGCAAUGUUCUUUUUUGGGGGGGGGGGGGGGUUGAAGGAUGUAAAGAGGAGAGAAAAGCACAAAACAAGUCAGUGGGAUAAUCAUGGCACGAGACAGCAAAACUCUUCAUCCUGAUUAAUCCCAACCAGCCUUAGAUUCGCUGUUUUUUGCCAGACAGUCUUUAAAGGACCAUACCAGUGCUUUUGUAUGCUGAAGGCUGGAGAUAUACUCUCUUUUCCCUGCCUAGUCCCCUCCGUUUUGUGCGUCGCUUGUGCACGUCUGCAGGAAUAAACGCUACGUGUCGGCAAGAUGCAACAUGCACAUGAACAGUAGGGGUAGAUGCUCGCCAUUGUCACGAUGAGGUUGAUUUAGGAGGCCUCACAUAAUCUACGAUGACGCCACAAUCUCAUUCCUAUAUGGUCUGAUUUCUGUGGUGUGCCCUUAAGUGGAAGACUCCAGUAACAUGCAUACUACAAGCGUAGUACACAGCAAGUAUGUCAUCAAUUACAUUUACAAUGCAGCAGUUGUCUAUGAAAACGCAUGACUAAAAAGCGAGUAUAUCUCCGGCCUUAGCAGAUUUACUAUGUAACACUUUUACAUUGUUUUUUACACCCCUUCUUGUAUUUGUAUUCUCAUUUUUUGUUGCUUUUUCUACAGUUUUCCUGCAACUGCAACUCGAGAGAACACAUCAUCUAUAUGUAUUAUUGUCAAACCGACAUUAUUCUUGUUGGGAGAUGCAGAGGAGAUUUGUCAAAUUCAUCCUCUGUACUGUAGCAAAAUUAAUUCAAACCAAUGGGGUCUGUAGGUAUAAUGCAGGUGCUCUCAAAAAAUUUGAAAAUUCGUGGAAAUGUAAUUAUUUCAUGAUAUUAUACAAAAAGUGAAACUUUCAUAUACUCUAGUUUCAUUACACGUGGAGUAAACUAUUUCAAGACAUUUCUAUUGUUUCAAUUUCGAUGAUCUAAAAUCCAGUAUCUCCAAAUAUUGGAAUAUCAUGAUAUUCUAAUGUUUUUAGAUACACCUGUAGAUCAAGAAAUCUAACAAGGGGCAGUCUGCAUCAGGAAAUGGUCACCAAACUCAAAUGUAUACACAAUGUGUUGUCAGAGCUAAAAAAGUACGAACACAGUGGUAUGGUUCUUUAAGGUUUUCAAGUCCAACUGUCUCAUUCUUUCAGUUUCAGUGUGAGGUUCAUGAAACAUGCAGUUUGUAUAUUGAAUCAUUAGUCAAAUAACUUCAAAACAUAUUUACAGUUAGGAUUAGUUAUUUACCUUGUUGCCACCACCGCUGUGUGUGUGUGAGUGUGUGCUCAGAAGUGCGUAUUGGGUUUUAAUGCAUUAGUGGAGAACAAUUUGGUCAACUGCUGCUUUAGCUGAAUUAACAACAGCUCCUAUUUUUGCCUUCUACUUCAUUUCUUUGCUUUUUGUUUACUAAAGGGUGAACUCAAUCUUUUUUUUUCGCACAUCCAAAUGAACUGUUGCAGGUUGGGUUGCGUUGUGCGUAAUGGUUUUUUUUGUUUCGUUGUAGCAGAAAAAAAGCACAGGUUUCAGGAUGGCACAAAACUGUUAGACAGAGAAUGGCACACACACUGUGCAAGGCUGCAGGAGCUCAUAUUCAACUCUGCUGAUGGACAUGAAGGGGAACGGAUCAGCCUCUGCUUGCUUUCUGUCUGUUCAAGAACUAUUUGUACCCAGUCCAAACUCAAACAAUCUACACAUUCUCAUUUUGACGUAAUGAAAUGUUUUAUGACUUUUGACAUGGUUUACUGUACAUGCUGAACCCAAAGGACAGUAGAGAUAUCACUGGACCUUAAGUGGAAGAACUACAGCUAACAGCAGACCUAUCCUCUCCAUUAUUGCCCUAGUUCACCAGCGGAGGUUGACACUGUGCAUUAUCUGCUAACAGUGGACCCGUUGAUAAAUCACUUCACAUCUGGCAGACAUUUCAUGAAAUAGAUGGACGCUCACUGAAAGCACUACCGGUAUUUGAACCAAUCAGAUUUCACUCUCUCGAUCUAGUUGUUUACCUGACAGGUGCUAUGAAGCAGCAGUAACCGUGCAGAGUUAUCAUGAACCUUGAGAAGGUGUGAAAAUGAAAGAGCAGACGUCUUCUCUGUAGCCUAGUCUGUGUAGAUGCAGCCUUAUAUCAUUUGAAGGGGUCACCAGAGCCUUUUUGUUUAAGUUCAUUUACAUGUCUCCCAAAUCCGGUGUAGCCUUUGUUUACUCAUUACCAUCUUGUGAACAUAUACACAGAUAUAUAUGAUGUGCUGAUAUGUACUGAACAUAAAGCUACCUCAGUUUGUUGUAAUGGACAGAAUACCCUCCUCCGUUUCAUCAGCAAUAUAUGCUUUUCUAUAACACGGCUCCGUGGUUCUGUAAGGAACACAAUGAGCCUGAAUUCCCCAAAAUGAAAUUGAAAAAUUCCAUUAACAGAUGAUUCUCACCGUAUCCCAGAGCGCAGCACUGACAUGGUGAGAAUUGAACUUGAAUGAGAAAUUGACCGCUCAUCUUCAGUUUUGCCAGAUUCCAAAUUGCAACUGCAGUUUUUAUUGGAAAUUGGAUUAUGUACUGGCUGGAUCAUGUACAGAUGAUCAUGAAAAAAAUUGAAUCAUCUCUUUGAUUUCAUUUUGCCAGUCAUUUCUAAAUCUCUAAAUAAAAGACUAAACAUCUUCAUUUUAAUUCAAUCUACAUCCUGCACAUGCAUGGCAGCGCUCCAUGCACAGUUGUACACGACAGUCUAUUGAAAAGAACCACUGCAGCCGGAGGGGUGUGGUCUGUCUUCACUUUCUUUAUUCCAUGCUGUCGAUUUGCUUUUUAAAAAAGAUGAGCUGCUGUCGUCCAUUACUGUUCCACAGAGCUUCAGGUUUUUCUAAUGUCUGACUGAUAAUGGGUGACGCUCUCACUGCAUGUAGUGUAUGGUAAACAGGACUCUCAAGACUCCAUCCCUUACGCUGGUCAUAACUCUUGUAAGCUGCUUUCUAUGUUUUGUUGGCCUUAAAGAGAUAUAGUUCUAUUUUUUACCUUUAGUUCAACCUCAUCAUCCCGAACAUUUUUUCUAGGAUGUACUGAAAGCACAGCUAGCCCAGAGAGAGAGAGAGAAUGAGAAAGCGAGAGAGAGAUUUCUUCCUACACUUUUCAAUAGCAUCACGUGUCAACAGCUGUUACUGUGCUUAUACUAGACUGAGCUGUUUCUGUACAGAAAUUCCGUUAUGGUAGGGAUUUACAUUUUCAGCAAAAUUGCAAAACACCAGGUACAUACCUCAAACAUGAGGGAUAUGGUGAUAUAUUGAUUAUAUAAUAAUUGGCCCUGUGUGGUGUCGUUAUCCAAAAUUCAAAAUAGUGCUUGGAAGACGUGUGCCACAUCCAAUCCCAUCUCUUAAGAACAGCCAACAGGCUUUGUUUGGGGUUUUUUUCGGGAAGAUCACAAAACCAUCUCACGAAUAACUUUAGUCAUGAUUAUAUGCGUGAUUGUGAUGGGCUCUGAAUAAUGCUCUUCGCUGUCCUUGAAGUAGGGAGGGGCGGAAUCGUGGCCACAGGACAACAGCUCAGAGAGAAUGAGUGUGGUUGGCGUGGAGGGGCAGGACAGGGGGUGUGCAGCAGCCACAGUUCAGCCGAGAUCACUCAGCCUCGGUAAAAGCACAGUAACCAGCAGGGGAAUAAUGGUAAGAUCCCAAUCACACUUGUAUAAUCAUUCUGUACAGUUGUCUGUUUAGAGAGGUGGUCGAACAAGGAGUACCACAGAUAGUGAACUGAUCAACAUAAAAAGCGUAUCUGUAAAUAAAUGUAUGCAAAGUGUACAUGUUAAAAAAAAGGAACAUUCCUCUCUUUUUUGAGUUCUGACUGUGAAGGGUGUCUUUAGAGGUUUGAUGCCACCACGAUGGCUGUAACUAUGAUGAUAAAAAUUUGAUAAAUGUGGUGUAUGUGGUGUAUUUAAAAAAAAAAAAAGAUACAAAUGUUUAAGACAAAAAAACUGUCUUUUUCAGUAAGUUGCUUUGUGUGAUGAGUUCAGUGGAGAAAAAGUACAUUUUAUUGUAAAAAUAAAUCAAGAGUGAUGAAAAUGAUCAAAAUAACAUUUUUGUACAUAUGGGAUUUUUGUAAAUUUUUAUUUGAAUCUAAUGCAACACAAACUACCAAAAUUAAUUUAAUAAAGUACACUGUGGUCAUUUU